CCUAAUCCACCAUUUUUCUUAUAUAUAAAUCAUUCAUCUACUUCAUUUCUUCUGCUUCUUCUUCUUCCUUUUGUCACGAAACCCUAGAAAAUUCCACAACCCCAAAUUUACAGAGCCUAGAUUCCAUCUCCAUCGUAGAAAUCUCCCAUCAAUUUCGCCGAUAAACCCCAAUUCCCUACCCUAACGUAGCUCAUUUCCUACAAAUUUCUCUUUCUAAACCCUAGAUCUGAUCCACAUUUCUGAAUUACCUCAGUUUGAAAAAAAAUUGACUGAUUGAGGUGGUUAUUGUUGAAAUUUUCACGUAUGGUGGACAUGGGAAGGGUUGAAACAGAGGCAAUUGCCAAACCCUCCUCAUCGUCCUCAUCUUCAUCAUCAUCAUCUGCGGUGACCACGUCAACAUCGGUGACUGAGACGGUGAAUGGUUCUCAUGAUUUUAAGAUUACUGGGUAUUCGUUGUCGAAAGGGAUUGGGAUUGGGAAGUAUAUCGCUUCUGAUACGUUUAUGGUAGGUGGGUAUACGUGGGCGAUUUAUUUCUAUCCUGAUGGGAAGAGUACUGAAGAUAAUUCAACAUAUGUGUCGUUGUUCAUUGCUCUAGCGAGCGAAGGAACGGAUGUGAGGGCGCUUUUUGAGCUGACGCUGAUUGAUCAGAGUGGUAAGAGUAGGCAUAAAGUGCAUAGCCAUUUUGGGAGAGCGUUGGAGAGUGGACCGUACACUCUUAAAUACCGUGGAAGCAUGUGGGGAUAUAAGCGAUUUUUUAAAAGAACCGCUUUAGAAUCAUCUGACUACCUGAAGGAUGAUUGCCUGCAAGUUCAUUGCUGUGUUGGUGUAGUGAGGUCUCACACCGAAGGACCUAAAACAUACUCCAUUCCUCUAUCUCCAUCAGAUAUUGGACUGCAUUUUGGACAGCUACUUGAAAGUGGGAAGGAUACUGAUGUGAACUUCGAUGUUAAUGGAGAGGUAUUUGCUGCUCACAAAUUGGUACUUGCUGCAAGGUCACCUGUGUUCAGAGCACAACUUUUUGGUCCAAUGAAGGAUCAAAAUACAGAGCAUAUAAAAGUAGAAGACAUGGAAGCCCCUGUUUUUAAGGCUCUUCUUCAUUUCAUGUACUGGGACGUGCUACCGGACAUGGAAGAACUCACAGGGUUGAACACAAAAUGGGCAUCAACCUUGAUGUCUCAACAUCUGCUUGCGGCAGCUGACUGUUAUGGGUUAGAUAGGCUCAGGUUGCUCUGUGAGGCUAACCUGUGUGAGGAAGUUGCUAUUAAUACUGUUGCAACCACUUUAGCCCUGGCUGAACAGCACCAUUGUUUCCAGCUGAAAUCUGUCUGUCUCAAAUUUGUUGCCAUGCCAGAAAAUCUAAGAGCUGUAAUGCAAACGGAUGGUUUUGACUAUCUGAGAGAAAGUUGCCCUCAUGUCCUCACAGAACUGUUGGAGUAUGUUGCUAGGGUAAAUGAACAUUCCAGCAUCACCAACAAGCUAGGGAAUGGUCUUGUCCUUGACGGCGGUGAUUUCAAUGGUCGACGCGUGAAACAAAGAUUGUAGUUGAAGUUGUAACUUCAUGAUGCAGGCUGUAGUUUGACAUAGAUGUAAAUUUGGGUCCGUCAGUGUCAUUGAUAUUGUUGUAAUCAUCUAUAUAAUUACCUUGUUCCUAGUAAUGUUUAUUUGUGUAUGGUUAUUGUGCUACUUGAGGGUCGUCUUGAUUAGACAGCUUCUAACUCUUUGUCCAUAAUAUUUCCUUCUGUUAUUUUGGUUCUCUGUAUUUCAUUCAGUUAUUUAUUUGUUAUUUUGGCUCUUGAUUUUUCAGUUGAACAUGUAAUUAUACCUAAAUAUUUUAUAACAUUGUAAUAUGAUUAAACGUCUAUCUA